UAAGAAAUUGUGUCGAUCUGAUCCAUAUCUGAAAUGGCUAAGGGAAGAUCAAUUGGUGGUGCAGCAGUGGUGGCCAUGGCGUGGCUGUUGGUGGUGGGUGAAGCAGCCGUUUACAAUGUUGGAGAUGAGUUGGGAUGGACCUUCAACGUCUCCUCUUGGCCUAUUGGAAAGACCUUUCAUGCUGGCGAUACACUUGCAUUCAACUACACUCCAUUGGCACACAAUGUGGUAGCUGUGGACAAAGUGGGCUACAAUUGGUGCAUUGUGAAUCCAAGAGAGGCCACUGUUCAUCGCUCAGGGAAGGACCAUAUCAAGCUUGUCAAUGGCAAAAACUACUUAAUCUGCAGCCUCCCAGGCCACUGCCAAAUGGGGAUGAAGCUUGCCAUCACUGCCACUUAAAACAAACUCUUUUUUACCCCUCUGGAUUAAACUUUUAAUUUAAUCUACCGUCUCAACAUCGUCAAUAAUAUUUACAUUGUCGUCUACAGAUUUACGACACCUGUUGUCUUGUUGAUGUCUUUUGAUUUACAUUAUAUGUUGUGAGUGUUGCACUGUGUUCAAUUCGCUGAGUUGUAAUAAAUUAAACUUUGAGUUAU